UUAAACCUCACGUCAACGGAGAUGAUGGCGAUCCUAAAUAGAACCCCUCCGCUCCGAACCACCUCUCUCCCCCGACGCCGGUCGUGGAUGCCCCGGAACGAGAUUGUUCCGGUGGAGGAGGAGGGGGACGAGGGAUGAACGAUCUUUCCUUCGCCGUGGCUUCCGAUCGACGGAGGUGGUUCGGCCCGGUCCCGGCCGCCGUGAUUCGCGUCGUCGUCCCCCUGCUCCUCGCCGCCCUGGCCUUCGCCGUCUUCAUCCUCGUCGUCGUCCACAACGCCGUCCUCCUCGUCUCCGUCCUCGUCCUCUCCGCCCUCAUCCUCGCUUUCUUUCUCUGGAACGCCGCCGCCUACAGGAGGAAGUUGUCCCUCGACCUCUUCCUCGAUCGCUUCCCCGACACCGAUCUCCUCUCCGCCAAGGACAGCCAGCUCGUCAAGGUCACUGGGUUUGCUUCAUGUGGAGAUCUUUCUCUUGAAUCCUCAUAUGAGAAGGCUGGAAGAUGUGUCUAUACGUCAACCAUCUUGUAUGAAUGUUGUGGAUGCCACCCAAAGCAAGCCCAUGUUAGCCAUCAAUGCUUCCAGUGGAAUUUAGCUUUCGUGGAGAGGAUGGCUACAGACUUUUACAUAACAGAUGUCAAAUCUGGUCUAAGAGCUUUGGUGAAAGCUGGUCAGGGUUCCAAAGUGAUUCCUCUGAUUGAAGAAAACAUUCUUGUGAACAUCACAAGCCUAAAUAGAGAAUUAUCUUCCACCUUGAAGAAAUGGUUACAAGGAAGACGGCUUUCCUGCGAAGCGCGUCUACUACGUCUUGAGGAAGGGUAUGUUAUCGAGGGAACCUGUUUGACUGUGAUGGGAAUGUUGAGCAGAAAGAAUGGUGUACUUGUGAUUGUCCCACUACCUGAAACUAUUUCUACAGACUGCCUUUUGCAAAAGUUUCUCCUUCCUGUUGACAUUGAUGGUCUGCUUUUGAAGACCGCCAACAUGUCCACAGCUAACAUCCGCCUUUCCUGAACCAAGAAAAUUUCUGGUGCCUUUGCAACUUCUGCCAUGGUGUGUGGGUUUACAGUAUCAGUUUUUGGGGGGUUCCAAAAUUUUGGUAAUUAUUAUUGUGGAUUUAUGGUAAGAUCACAAACAACUGAUGUUUGCCUACGUUUAACCACAAGUAGUUUACCUGUACAGAUGUGGAAUGGUUUAUUUUUUGUGAUCCAGAUAUCAUGUUUUAGGUGUCGUUAUAUACAUCAGUGUUGAACCUGGGUAUCCAGAUCUUCCCCUUGAUUUUUAAUGACAAACAUCUGCUUCUAACUUCGUACUGAUUUGUUGUUAGGUUCAACAUCAAGGUGCUUCUGGCGUUGUCGAUCAUGUGGCAUUUACAAUAGUGAAUUUAUUACCAGGAUUUUUGCUCUCCAUCUCAAUCUACACUCGAGAUUCUCAAGUGACGAUGAAGUUUAUGGUUUCUUCUUCGUUUAAGAAGAGUAUCUUUUGUGAAACUCUUAACCCGUUUGUUGCGAGAAGAAACUGUGCCCGCCGAGCACCGUAG